AGUAAGAAGUCUUUAUCCCCAAGUAGAAACAUUGCUGUAUCCGUUGACUCGAUACCAGAACGCUGCCGACAUUUUGACUUCGAGCAGUGUCUUCGAUAUCUUGAGUCUCAAAACACCUCAAAACAAUUGUUAUAUCAAGCUGCAUCGAGAUACAAGAAGUUUACCACAUGCGGACCUGAUUCAUUCCUUCUCCACUUCCAGAAAUCCCUGCGAAAGUACAAUGUCGGCAAAGUUCUGAACUACCUCCGAAGUUUUGAGGUACUUGAUGAGGCGGACUGCGAGCAAAUUUCCAGCGAAACUACAUCAGACAUGAUGGUCACCGAGCUCGUCACGAUGAUCUCCAAAAAAGAACCACACGCAUUCUGGUAUUUAACUCAUUCGCUGAAGAAGACAAGUGGGUUGUUUCAGUACUUUCACGGAAGUUUGCACUGUUGCGGUAAGUCAAGAUAUUGACUUACUUUCUUUUGCUUAUAGUCAAGAGUGAUAGUGCCACUAAGUAUAAGUAAACAUCAAUAAAAUCCAGCGAAAGUGUGUGUAUCAAUGGAAAUCUCUAAGAAAGGCUAGGCCUGGUCUGUCUUAUGAGAUGUCUUUUGGCAAGGAUGGACAUGAAUGAAUUUAACAUACUUGAACCAACUUAACAGUAAGAGUUAAUCAGUGAGGAAAAUUUGUGGAUUAUAGUUUGCUUACACCUUUGUUGAUAUUGUGUCUCCUGUCAUUAAAUCUCGAGUUGUUCCAGUAGUCAUGUAGGGUCCAUUUUGUGCACUACCAAGCGCAUCUAGCUGCUAUAUAAUUCUAAUUUAGCUUACAGGAAAUCGUGCAUGGGGGAAACGUAUAAACAUUUCAUAACUGAUGAGAACAACAGGACAGAUAAACUAAAAGGUACCAAGUAUUUUUUAAGUGUCCGCAUGGUCUACUCAGUGAAUUUCAGUCAGCUUUUCCACUGAAUUACGUUUAAACCUGGUUGUAUGUAAGCUUGUUGCCGUUGACUGAGACGAAUGAACCCAGUCAAAGGGGCCGGAAUAAAUAGCUGGUAAGCAAAAAAUCAACGGGGGAAAUUUAUUUCUUUACUCGUAUGAGCUGGAAACUGCAGUAUGGAUCACUGACGCUUAGUUAUGAUUCUUGUCUUGAAACGUAGUUUGCAAUGAAGUGAAAGAAAAGGAAAAGGAAAUUGCUGCAAUCCAUGAAGGUAAUGUCAUUGGAUAAAAUAGUGACUUAAUACUAUGCACGUCUUGCAAUUUUUUUCAGAUGAUUUAACGUUCUAAAUUUAAAUGUCAGUACGUUUCGCUUUGAUGCUAUGGCAACCAAAAAACGAGAAGUCAAACAAAGUUGUUUUGUCUGGCUUAACUGGUUUACUGAUAAAUACUAGAUAUUUAAAGUCUUAGACUUUUAAGCCUUUAAUUAUUUAGUAUUUACCGGUAUGUCACUUGAUUUGAUCUCAAUUAAUUGUCAUCUGGCAAACAUUCCUUUAAAAGAAACAGUACCAUGAUGUAUCUCCUGAAGAACAGCGCAAACCCCGUUAGUUACCCCUACAAGGGGUAUGGUGGCUAGGUCCCCUUUUGAGUUUUUUCUCUGUUUUCAUUAUUUUUAUUUUUCAUUUUUUUUUUCUGAUGGCCAUUGACGUUUUUUUUUUUCAUGGCAAUUGUAUAGAGGUAGUCGUUAGCAGAGGUUCAAACUGGAAAAUAAUUUUCCAGUUUCUAAUGUGCCUUUGCCUUUCAGGUAUUGAAAGGAUCUUUACGUUUUCAGUGGCUACAAUGGUAGAUAACUUAAAGUCGACAAGGCUCCUGCCAACUGCUAUGGAAGGAAAGUUUGGAAAAGACCUGAAAAAGAAGUUAAAAGAGCGUUCUAAGAAAUUCGUGGUGGUAUUUAACGGUAAGUCUACAGCUUUAUAGGGAGCUUAAGCAAAGACGUUUUUGAGCGACGCACGUCAACCGGAAGUGAGGCCUUCUCCCUUUUUAUAUGCCUGGACACUACCAAAUUUGUAUUGCUGAGUUUCUUUUCUCCUAUAAAGACGAUUUACCCAAGGGUUUCAACCAAACCACAGCCCAAUGCUGCAAAAAGUCCACUUCCGGUUGACGUCCUUCGCUCAAAAACGCUGUUGCUUAAGCUCCCUUAUGAGGGUCCCACUACCGUGGCGGAUCCAGACCAUCCGAUAAAGAGGGGGGGGGGGGCGGNUCUCCAAUCCCGUGAUCCCGACCUAAAUUUCGUUCCAUCCGGAUGGUUAUUUUUGGCAUUCCAUCUCCCGCGCAUCCUUUCAAUCCAGAAUCUCUCCCCGAUUUUGCUUCAGAAUGACAGUAAGGAUUGUUAUGUGAAUAAAAUUUAUGAUGAAUCCGUACUCAUCCACCCUGGUAAUUUGUGUGCUUUGUCUCGAAACUAAACUCUGAUCAUGCAGGACACCAGUGUCUUUUAACACUGAAAGAUUGUCUCUAGUUCUCUUUGCUACUGCUCCUCAAAAGAAGUUAGGUAGACCAAUCUUUAAGGGCCAUGCGUCGGGAAGUCAACGCCCUGAUACUAAAGUCCCCUUUUAGUCGUAAUCCUCAAUUAUAUAAGAAUAAUGUUGCCAAUUUGCAACAGAUCGACAAUAGACCUCUUUAGCUUGACGUUUCGUUUUUCCAAUGCGUCGGGUAGUUAACGUGUUGGUGCUCUUCGUUUGAGCCCCCUAGCCUUUCCUAAUGUCAGAGAAUUGUUUUACAAAUUUCGCAUUGUUCACUUGCGUUAUGCACGUAUAAUUCAUGAUAAUACAAAGGGCGGAUUUCCUUGAGAACGCCACAUGAACUUCAUUGGGAAAACGAAAGAUUCAAAGCUAAAAAGGUUUAUUGUGGUUGCAUGAGGAUAAUAUUACUUGAUUAUUGCAGAUAUUCGCCGAGCGGUGGUGCCACCUAUGAGGGAAUUGAAAAGAGCUUUGACAUCCAUUGUUAGUAAUGGUGUUGAAGGCAGUGAUUUAUUGCCUGGCAAAAAGAUGUUGGAAACCAGUAACAGUGAGAGACAGACUGGGUUACCAGGUACAAGCCGCAAUCUGUAAAAAUUAGACAGAGCUUUUUUCAUUAAGGCAUCAUUUUAGAGAGGGAAAGAGAGAGAAAAGCGUAGUGUAAUCCCGCUGAGGAUAUUGAGUGGAGGGGAAGGUUUGUGUGAGAGCUUAUAAUCUGUACCGUAUUUUCAAUCAGUAUAGCCUGCGUGCCGGUUUUAGGGCGAAAGGAGAAGUAUCGGGAAUGGGCGCGCCUAGGGGAGAAAAGGAGAAAAGCCUCCUCUCCCUUUUUGUUGUUACCCUUGCACGUUCUACAUAUAAUUAUAUUUAGUAUAUACUAAAACAGUGGAUAGUGUUUUUCGCGCGCUCUGAUUGGCUACUCAAUCAGUGGAUAUCCUGCACUAUUCACUGAUUCACCUCCAGUUCCUCCAAACUCGCGUAAGUUGCGAGCAAAAUGCCUUCCCGGUUUGCUGCCGUAACAAACUAAGAAAUUUCAAUCAAGAUAUUCCCAAAAUACAUGAAGAAGGUGACGAAGUUCGGUUUGGAAGUUUUAACAGGUAAAGCUUUGUCUUUUUGACUUGAAUUUAUCGAUAAAACCGGUGAAAAAGUUUUUUGUUUACGAAUGCAAAUUAAACUUUAGUCGUGCGUUACUUUAUUUAGUUAACUUGUUCAUAAAUAAGUUUAAAACUAAAUUUAAUAAUAUUUUUUACAGAAUGAUUUUAAAUACAAAAACAAUUUACAACUCCUUUUGAAGAAACUUCCUCGCAAGAGCUAAACAAUCGCCUUCAAAAGUUUUAUUUGUCGCUAAGAAAAAGCGACGGCCGCGGCCGUUCGGUCAUCGCGCGCCAAAAUUGUAAUCGUUGUUUGGCAACAGUAAAUGAGUUAAAAAUCAUCAUUAUUGUGCUCAAUUAUCUCACUGUUUUAGUAUAUACUAAAACAAUUAUUCACCUCAGUGUCGGUGGCUAGUAGUGGAUAUUUACCUCGCCUCUUCGCGGCCUCGGUACAUAGCCACUACUAGCCACCUCCACUUCGGUAAAUAAUUGUUAAUAUAUAUCUAUAAAAAAAACUUAACGAAAAAACUAACCGGCGCGGGAAGGGGGAGCAUGUCCAGGACCCGCGGCCCUAGAGGCUUGCACCUUCAUGCAUUCAGCGCUCAUUUAGGAAAUCAGUCAUUAUUUAUCUUAUGGAUCCGUGUCUGCAACUUCUACCACGCAGGCUAGGAUUAGUAAUACAGUUAAUACUGUAAAGGUUCCGGGUUGUGGCGGUAGGUAUCCUUUGCGUUGGUAGGACUGCAAAAGCAAUGCAAGCGAGGCAGGAGAACAAGCACGGCCAGUGCCGUAGUUUUUGUUGUUUUUGCUUGAAGUUGAGUUUGUUUGUUUGCUUUUUUUAUUCUCCGCCCAAAUUUCCCAUGCGCCUUCUUCGUUCGCACGUAGUACACUAGCCUGAGAAAGCAGUCGCUCAGCUAUGGUCCUCGCUGCUAGAGACGUUUCGUUCCGUUCGUCCUCGCGAAACGUCCCCAGCGGCGAGUUGCGAGAAGGAGCGGCUGCUUUCGCAGGCUAGUAGUACACAGUUUGCCAUUUUAAUUCCAGGGUGAGCAAACUGACAAUGCCUACUUUGCUCCCGCAUUUGGACGAUUUUCUGUAGCUAGAAAAGCAAAACUGUCUGCCAUAAAUCAAAAGUUUAAAAAUAUUUCUAGAGACCUGGAAAAAGCUCCCAUUGACAACAUAAAUAGCUGGUUCCACGCAGAUGGUCAUCAAAGGCUCCAUUUUUUUCUUUUGUUCUUUUCCGGAUAUAUUGUACCAUCAUAAGUGUCUUUGUUUUUUCUAGAAGUGUCGAUUACUGUGAAGCUAGACGAUUCACUCCUCGAAAAAGACACCAGUCGUGUAUGUCAAGAUGAAGAAAGUGGACAAGAGAUAUCGUCCAAACCUGAAAAACCAAAGUCAAUCAUACGUUCGGUACCGACGCUAGAUAUCGUCGAAGGG